GAACACCACAUUCCAUCUUGCAAUAGCCACUCAAAUUAGAACUCAUUUUAAAGCGUCAGAUUUUAUUAUCGUGUAAAAUGUCGUUUACCUAUUUUUCCCCCAACCAAUGAAUAUCCAUCACGAUGCACAAAACCACCCUCAACAAAUACAACUUGACAAAUAAAAUAAAAUAAAAAUAAAAAUAGCAUAUCAAAUAAGAGUAUAUAUUUUUUGAUUUGAAUCAAACACAACACUUCACACUUCACACUACUCUGAUUGAAUUGAAUUAAAUUGAACACCACCGCCACACGCACUACAACGUCGUUUUUGUUUUAUUCAGUUGAAACUUGAAACCUUCAUAUUCAUCAUCAAUCAAAUGCUCAGAUAACAAAACGAACCGUCGUUUAAAGCAAAGUUAGUAACUAACUACGAUGGAGAUGUCGUUGCAGCUAAACUACAAAACGCCGUUUUGUUUCAAGCUCACUCCAUUUUCUGUUUUAACACCUUCUUCAUGGCACAAAGCAAGUAUUCGAGUUUCUUGCGUUAAUGCUAGUGCAGAUUUUUCUAGGAAGAGACAACAGAAGAAGAGUUCAAUUGCGAAGCCAAAGGGUUCUAAUCCAAAGGGUUUUGUUCCAAAAUCAUCUAUUGGAUCAAGCAGUAAGAAAAAUCCUAGAGUCAGUAAGAAGGGAGAUUCUUUAGCUCCAGUUGUUAGUGAGGUUUUGGAGGAUGAUAAUAAACAAACACUUGAUGUUAUUAUUGAUGAUGAUGAAGAUGAAUUUUCGGUGGAGGAAAAAUUUGUGGUUGUGGAUGAUAAAAUUAAUAAAAUUGCUCGAGAGUUCGGGGAAUCGUCCUUGAUAGAUGAGACAUUCGAUGUUGAAAACAUUCCUAUAAUUGAUGAUGUUCAAUUAUAUGAGGAGGGAAAUUCUUACGUUGGAGAUGAUGGGAAUGUUAAAGAUUCAGAGGGAAGGAGAUUAUACUAUGCUGAAAUUGAUGGAAAUCUUAGAGGUACAUAUACUGAUACUAAUGGGGAAAUAGCUGGGAAUAUCGUUGAGGAAACAAGUGCUGCUAUCGAUGAUGUUAAAAUUAACGAGGAAGCUUCUCGGAUGUUGAAGUUGAAGUUGGAAGAAAAUUUGCGAAAACAGGAAAUAGAGAGGAUUGCGGAGGAAAAUUUUUUACGAGGGGCAAAGUUGUUUGUAUAUCCUCCUGUGGUUAAACCUGAUGAAGAUAUAGAGGUGUUUCUUAACAAGAACCUUUCGACACUAAGUGAUGAACCUGAUAUUUUGAUUUUGGGGGCGUUUAAUGAUUGGAAGUGGAAAUCUUUUACCAUUAGAUUGAAUAAAACACAUCUUAAAGAUGAUUGGUGGAGUUGCCAAUUGUAUGUGCCAAGAGAAGCCUAUAAAAUAGACUUUGUGUUCUUUAAUGGACAAAGUGUUUAUGACAAUAAUGACCAAAAAGACUUUUGUAUACCAGUUGUUGGUGGAAUGGAUGCAUUGGUGUUCGAAGAUUUUUUGCUCGAGGAGAAGCGUAAAGAAUUAGAAAAACUUGCUAAGGAGCAGGCUGAAAGGGAAAGACAGGCUGAAGAGCAAAGGCGAAUAGAUGCAGACAAAGCUGUAAAGGAAGAGGACAGGUUGCAGGCAAGGAUGGAGGUUGAAAAAAUGCAAGAUACGUUGCUGCAGUUGAUGAAAAAUGCUGUAACCUCUAUUGAUAAUGUUUGGUAUAUUGAGCCUAGUGAGUUUAACAGCAAUGACUCAGUCAGAUUAUAUUAUAAUGGAAACUCGGGUCCUCUUCAACAUGCUAAGGAAGUAUGGGUUCAUGGCGGUCACAACAAUUGGAAGGAUGGAUUAACAAUUGUUGAAAGGCUUGUCAAAUCAGGUUUGAAAGGUGGUGCUUGGUGGUAUGCUGAUGUUGUUGUACCUGACCAAGCUCUUGUCCUGGAUUGGGUCUUUGCUGAUGGUCCACCUCAAAAUGCAGUUGUGUAUGAUAACAACCGUAUGCAAGAUUUCCAUGCUAUUGUCCCUAUGGCUACACCCGACGCACAGUAUUGGGUUGAGGAAGAGCAGCUAAUAUACAGAAAACUUCAGGAGGAGAGGAAGUUGAAAGAGGAAGUUAUACGGGCGAAGGCUGAAAAAACAGCACAAAUGAAAGCCGAAACAAAGGAAAAAACUUUGAAAAAGUUUUUACUAUCUCAAAAGCAUAUCGUCUACACUGAGCCGCUUGAUAUUCAAGCAGGGAGUACAGUGACGGUGUUUUAUAACCCCUCAAACACAAAUCUGAAUGGAAGACCUGAGGUUUGGUUUAGAGGCUCAUUUAAUCGUUGGUCUCAUCGUAAUGGUCCAUUGCCACCUCAGAGAAUGUUGCCUGCUGAGAGUGGCACACAUGUCAAAGCCUCUGUUAAAGUUCCAUUGGAUGCAUACAUGAUGGACUUUGUAUUCUCUGAGAGUGAAAAUGGUGGAGUUUUUGAUAACAAAUUUGGAAUGGAUUACCACAUACCUGUUUUUGGAGGUAUUGUGAAGGAACCUCCUAUGCAUAUUGUUCAUAUUGCUGUUGAGAUGGCCCCAAUUGCAAAGGUUGGAGGCCUUGGUGAUGUUGUUACUAGUCUUUCCCGAGCUGUUCAAGAUUUAAAUCAUAAUGUGGAUAUCAUUCUUCCAAAAUAUGACUGCUUGAACCUUAGCAAUGUAAAGGACUUGCAAUUUCACAAAAGCUAUUUCUGGAGUGGGACUGAAAUAAAAGUAUGGCACGGAAAGGUCGAGGGCCUCUCGGUCUACUUUUUGGAGCCUCAGAAUGGAUUAUUUUGGGUGGGCUGUGUAUAUGGUCGUGCAAAUGAUGCAGAGAGAUUUGGUUUUUUUUGCCAUGCCGCUCUUGAAUUUCUACUCCAAAAUGGAAGUCAUCCUGAUAUCAUCCACUGCCAUGACUGGUCGAGUGCUCCAGUUGCAUGGCUAUUUAAAGAACAGUAUACACAUUAUGGUCUUAGUAAGGCUCGAGUUGUCUUCACAAUUCAUAACCUUGAAUUUGGUGCCAAUCUCAUUGGAAAAGCUAUGGCAUACGCUGACAAGGCUACAACUGUCUCCCCCACUUAUUCAAGGGAGAUUGCUGGGAAUCAUGCAGUUGCUACUCAUCUUCACAAGUUUCAUGGUAUAAUAAAUGGAAUCGACCCAGAUAUAUGGGACCCAUUUAAUGAUAACUCCAUUCCUGUACCAUACACAGCAGAAAAUGUUGUUGAAGGAAAAAGAGCGUCCAAGGAAGCCUUACAACAAAAGCUUGGUUUGAAAAAAGCUGAUCUUCCUUUGGUGGGAGUUAUUACUCGAUUGACUCAUCAAAAAGGGAUCCAUCUCAUCAAACAUGCCAUAUGGCGUACCCUAGAACGCGGUGGACAGGUCGUAUUACUUGGUUCGGCUCCUGAUCACCGUAUACAAAAUGAUUUUGUGAAUUUGGCCAAUCAAUUGCAUUCCAGUCAUAAUGAUCGGGCAAGACUUUGCCUUGCAUAUGAUGAACCUCUUUCCCACUUGAUAUAUGCUGGUGCUGAUUUCAUUCUUGUUCCUUCAAUCUUUGAGCCAUGUGGACUCACUCAACUCACAGCAAUGAGAUACGGUUCAAUACCAAUUGUUCGAAAAACUGGGGGACUUUAUGAUACGGUGUUUGACGUUGAUAAUGAUAAGGAUAGAGCACAAGUGCAAGGUCUUGAGCCAAAUGGAUUCAGUUUUGAUGGGGCUGAUGCGGGAGGUGUUGAUUAUGCUCUUAAUAGGGCAAUAUCUGCUUGGUAUGAUGGCCGUGAGUGGUUUAACACAUUAUGCAAGACAGUAAUGGAGCAAGAUUGGUCUUGGAACCGCCCUGCUCUCGACUAUUUGGAGCUUUACCAUGCAGCAUGCAAGUUGGAAUGAGAGUUUAGUGAGCGGGAAGCCAUGCAAAUUAAGGUUCAUCGCCGUUGUACAGCUUUAGUCUAAAGCAAAAUUAGUGCACAUAGUUAAUCCUAGUGAAAAGAUAAUAGCAAAGUGACAUCAUUUGUAGACACCAGCUUCUUGUUCAUUUUUUUGUUGGCACACAAUAAUGUAGGUAAAUAUUACAUAGUUUUAGUAUAGAUGCUGAGAGAUUGUCCUCUUAAAUAAAUGAACAUGAACUUGUGAAUAAUAAUCCAGUGCAAGUUCUUUUUUGUUCAUAACAGAACUGAAAAUCAAGGGGGGACAAUUUAUCAUAUACCGAACUAAAUGUUCAGUGUAAUAUGAAAGUUAUGAUCCAACUUGAUAUUUUUCAAGAAACA